AUGAUCGAGCAAAGGCAUUGCAACUUGUGGGACAAUUGCAGGGGACGGCACUGGCUGUUCUAACUGACCUCAGUCUUGAAGACCAUUUCAAUUAUGAGGUUUUGAUCGCUGCGCUAAAAUAUCGGUUUGAACCACCAGAACAGAAUGAAACUUCAAGGGCUAAAUUAAAGAAUAAAUUGAGAGGUGGGAAGGAAACUCUUGAGGAAUUGGCCCAGGAAGUUAGAAAGUUAUCGAGGGAGGCAUUUCGGGGAAUUCCCAGGGAAACCUUGGAAUAUUUUGCUAUGACCUCAUUCAUUUAUGCUCUGAAUGAUAAAGAUCUAGAAUGGCAUGUCCAAUCGUCUAAUCCAAAGACUUUGAAUGAUGCUCUUACUGGCGCGUUGAAAUACGAAUCUUUUCAAAAAGGGCGUGCAAAACGCAUGUCCCCCGAAUUGAAUGACAGUUCCACUCUGUUGGUCAAUGCGAAUUACGCGUUGAACAAGAUGUCAUAUUCCCAAAUGGAAACCAGGAUGAAAGUUUUAGAGGAGACGUUGGAGAAAUUGGGCGUGAACCGACCGUGCGGCCUCUGCAAUUCUUUCGAACAUUUUACAAAAAAUUGCUUUAGGCGCCACCCAAAGUCCAAGAAAUAUGGCGCC